AUGAAUUCAACGAAAUGGAAGAACUUGUUUAUAGGUAAGGGCCAAAUGUUUAUCGAUGCAGUGGCCUUUAGACAAGCUUUGUACAAGUAUAUUAUUGGGCAUAAGUUUUCAUACAAAUUUAAGAAGAACAAUAUGAAAAAGGUCAUUGCUAAGUUCAAGGUUGAAGGAUGUCCAUGGAAUAUUGCAGCAUAUUCAAUAGGAAAGCAUAGUGACUUUUUGAAGGUAACAAGAUUCAAUAACGAGUACAUCCAUAAUGCACAGGAGAAGCUUAUUGUUUCAUACUGGGCAAGAGUAUAUUUAACUUCAUCAAUCAUUGUUGAUGCUUUGAAGUCUACUGUAAACAAGAGUACGAAUGAAAUUAGAAGAGAUUUGUAUGGAGAGUAUGAUGUGCGAUUGACAUACAGUCAAGCAUAUAGGGGAAGAGGAAAAGCGUUGCAAGAUAUACAUGGUCUUCCACAAGAUUCUUAUAUGAUAAUCCCUUGGAUUUAUGAUAGAUUAAGGGAAACUGAUGCAACGACAGUUGUAAAAUGGGAAGCCUCCAAUAACAAUAGAUUUGAGAGUCCAUACAAGGGAACAUUGUUGGCAACUUCUGCUUAUGACAUGGACAAUGACCUAUUUCUGCUAGCAUAUACUAUUAUGAGUGGGGAAACAUUUGAAGAUUGGUCUUGGUUUCUCAGAAAUGUCAAAGAUAUCAUAAGAUCAGUUGAGAUAACAUCAGUUUAUGAUAGGCAUAAUGCCAGGGGGCUGUGCAAGCUAUUUUUGGUGGCGAGAGACAUGCAUAUUGCUAUCCUCAUAUGA